AGGGCAUACCAAAAUGUCAAUUUAGUCCUUGUUUCACAACCUCAUAUAUAAAUCCCAUUACAACCCUUCAAACAUUCCCACAACAAUCUCCCCAAACACUCAUUCUGAGAAAUUGAAGUGUUUUCUAGGGAGAGAAAGAUCCAACAAAACCAAACUAAAAGAUCGAAACCAAUCAAAGGAAGUCAACACAAUGGAGAUGUCGCCGGGUUGGUUUUGGUGUUUUUGUAGGCGAGGAAGGCCGUAUCUCGGGGUUCUUUUUCUACAACUUGGAUACGCUAUUAACAACAUUUUAGUAAAGUCUGCUUUAAACGAGGGGUUAAAUCCAUACACUUUUUCUGUUUAUCGUAACGUUGCUGCAGCCGUUGCUUUCGGCCCUUUUGCACUAUAUUUUGAAAGGAAAAUACGUACUAGAAUGACAUUUUCCGUGUUUUGGAAGAUAAUGUUGUUAGCACUAAUAGAGCCGGUUUUGGACCAAAUACUAUACUACACCGGGAUGAAGUACACAACCGCAACCUUUGCCAUCGCAAUGUGCAAUGUUCUACCCGCGUUAACUUUUGUCAUGGCAUGGAUCUUUAGGCUUGAGAAGGUGAAUGUAAAAAAAUUGCAUAGUCAAGGGAAGAUCUUAGGAACCCUUGUGACUGUUGGUGGAGCCAUGGUUAUGACACUUGUUAAUGGACCACCGGUUCCAUUGCCAUGGGCCAAGGAGGGCAGCGAGGCGCACCAUGCUCUAGCCCCCAACCCUGUGGUCUCACAAGACCAACACAUCAAGGGUGCCAUCAUGAUAACUGCUGGUUGCUUUUGUUGGGCUAGCUUUUACAUUCUUCAGGCUAUGACUCUCAAGGAAUACCCGGCUCAGUUAUCCCUCACAACCCUUAUAUGUACGAUGGGUGCUUUACAAGGAACCAUCGUUACUUUGAUCAUCGAGAAGGCUAAAUCUGGCAUCUGGUCUAUGCAAACCGAGACUGAAAUUGUGGCUACACUUUAUAGCGGAAUCGUUCGAUCCGGGGCUAGCUACUACGUUUCAGGGCUAGUUAUGAAGGAAAAAGGACCCUUUUUCGUGACCGCCUUCAACCCUCUCGGGAUGGUGAUCGUUGCAAUCGUGAGCUCGUUCACACUCGCGGAAAGAUUAGUUUUAGGAAGAGUUCUCGGAGCAUUUAUCAUUGUAGUCGGUUUGUACCUGAUCAUAUGGGGUAAGAGUAAGGAUUCGAGUUUAUCAAGUUCGAAUUCGAGUGAAGUAGAAAUCAGUGAUCAAGAAACAUGCGAUAAUAAAGAUCUGAAUGAUGCAAAGGCUUCAAAGGAAGAUCGAAGAAGUGAAGCUGUUGUUUGAUUCUUUAAUUUAUAAACAGAAUAAGUGAAAAUUCUUCAAUAUUUUGAGGGUUUUUCUCUAAGAAGACUUGUUUGAGAUUGAUGACUGACUUUUAGUUUUGGUUGGUUACUGCUACAAACAUGGCAGCCAACUUCAACACCACUCUGUUACUUCUCAUUGGGGUUUUAAUCUAAUGCAUAUAUUUUGUUGUUUUUAUUA